CUUGGGUCGAAGUAUGGCGCGUGUAUUAAGAUUUAUCACUGUCAGACAAAUUCACCGGACGGCUGAUCUUCAAGUUGGGGGAUUAUUUAGGGCUAGACGUCGGUUGCCUCCCAGUAACAACGAGUGGGGACCUUUAACCGAUUUACCUGACUACAUUGUCAUAGGAAAGGCUAAUCCUCAAUUUACAAGCCAAGGACAAAGGCGACGAGCUAUUCAGCAAUACGAAGUGUCUAACAAAAUAAUCCAAUUAGUUGGAGAAAUGAAAGAAACUCAAGAAAAGCAUGCUAGGAAUAUGGGAAUGAAGGAGAGCAAUACCAAAAUAUUAAAGCAGCAGUGUCUUCGAGAGAAAGGAAAUGGAAGUGCAUAAAUACUUCACUAACAUUGAUUUGCUAAACUUCUACUUGAUACCUAGUAUUAUUUUCUAACUGAAAGCUCUGCUCAAAUCCUUGUACUUGAGUGCUCCAGUUCGCGAUUGUCUAUGGUAGAUAUAGAUUUAUAUUCACCAGAAUCUGCAACAAAAUAUCGUUGAUUUACUUCAAUUAUGUAAUACCUUACGUGCGUAUCUGGAAUAAACCAGUCUAAAUUCUAAAGUUCUGUAGAAAUUUUGUUAUUUAACUACGUUACUAGAUCUCUGCACGGUUUUCCUCGGUUAUUUUCACUAAUGGUAGUAAUGGAUAUAUUGACCUGUGUUAAUAUUGCCUCAAUAAUAUUCCUCUAACCUUUAGUUACCUCAUUCAGUUUUCAACGACACUAUUGGGACCACACAGUCGUGUCUCUCACUUCAAUGAUAUUUUUAAGACUUCUCUAUGCUCUUCAUUAGCCAAAAAUUCGAUCUCACCGUAUCAAAUGGUGAAAAUUUCUUGAAUUCCUGUUUGAUACAUUAGGUGAGUAUAUUUUUACCUUACCAUCAGCUUCUACAUGAGUCUGCCUCAAGUUCACACGCAUAAAAGUAGCGCUGCUAACUGCUUGCGUUGUACACGUGGCCAGAAGUGAUUAUUCACGGGAAUAUCCAUAAUUUGUUUCCAUUAGGUACAAACUAGACAUUCCAAAUUAUAUAUUCUAUUAAAACCCAUGAAACAUGUCGAUAUGUUUAGCUUAGGUCUCGAGUACAUCAGUCAAGAAUACAUAUUGGUAAAAUUAGUGAGAUUUCAAGUUAAUGCGUUAAUAACUGGUUAAUCGAUAAAUUAUUUUCUAAUUAUUACUCGUUCGUUAUCAGUAGCUGUUCAAAUUACUAGUGAGUCUUCCAUCCAAAUAUUCUUAAUAAUUUAUAUUCCACAGUACUAGUGAUAUUAGUUUUUUAAAACAGUUUACCUCUGACAAGCUUGUGUAUUGCAACGAGUAGACGAGGUUUGUCAAACUAUGUUAUUAUCUUAGUGCAAUACAACCUGAACAAUUAAAGUGGUAGGGUUUAAAAUACGUAUGGCUAAGACUGCGAAAAACUUAAGUAUUCUCCCCAAACAACGAUGAUUUUAUUUCAGUGAAGAAAUAUUCAAUUGCAUAUAGUUUUAUUUCAGUAAGACUGGAUUCUGGUCUUCUAUAUUGCUGUUACAUCUAAUUUCAAACUGCUUUACAGCAAACUAGAUUUAUUUAAGUGUAUAUAUGGACAAUGCCUCAUAUGUAGAUAGUUUUCCUGUAUUUGAAAUAUUGCCUCUAAAUACCCCGGUACAACUGACGGUGGGGAGAGUGCGCUCUCCCGGUCAAAAUGCUCUUGCAUAGCCACGCGUGUACAGCCACUGUCACGGAAGUUUUACUCACUACCUUCUCGCGGCGGGGGUGUUGUUUACGAAAUUGAGAGGACCGAAAGCGGAUUUCCAGCACUUUAACCGGGUUGAUGGAUAUGGAGGAUCCAAUUAGGGGAGUUGGAAAACCCUGAUUCCAAACCACUGGUGCAUAUGGGCUACAGGAUUCUGAAGGAACAAAUGGCGUAUGAACCAAUCGUUGGUAACCGGUUACCAUGGGACUGAAUCUUCCGACGUUGCUCCACCACCUUUUGGAUCAGACCUUUAGGUGUAAGUCUCCGGGUGCGGUCACCUAAGAAGACCACCUACUUGUAUCUGGACACUCGGGUAUUAUCAAAGCCCACACACAAAUGAAGAGACUUGUGUGGUGUAAAUGUACUCGGUUCCCCUUUGUACUAAUGUUUAUGUGCUUAAAUAAAUUUAAAAUAUUACUAGUAUUCUGUUUUCUUCCAAAACCAUUUUUACCGUACCGUUUGUAAAAUUCUAAGCUUCCUAAUAAACAUUUGAAGGGUUACAGUACAUGACGACCUCUUUAUAUCACUUACUCGUUUAUGUUUGGUGAUAAUAAUGGCAAUCUAGAAAAAAGAAUGUGACUGUUCAGUGGAAUGCAAUAACUUCACACAAAUCUUAACAUACUGCAGUAAUACAAAUAUCAUGAAAGGUGACUAUUGAGAAUUUUGAACAAUGGUUGCUCUCUAGAUAUUGUUCUUACGAUCAUCGUAUAAUGGAGUAAAUGUGAGAAGUAUACAUAUACAAAAAUGAAAUUCAUUUUAGCAGCACUUUUACUUUUACUUGCAUCAAUAAGUCGAUUUGUUGUUAUUCAUAAUGGGAAAAUUGGUCAAAAAGAAGUUGUUGUUUCAAUACCUAUUCAUGAAUGUUAUCGUCAUGUCACAAAUCUGUAUACGUAUCCUCGUUGGAUACCUUCCGUUUUGUCCAUAGAAAAUUUGACGAAAUCACUUCAUCUUGCUAUUGGUGAAGAAUUUGUUAUGGUGGUUGAUUAUGGAUUUUUAGGUACUAUGUCCUAUGUUGCACAAAUAUUAUCUAUUGAGCCAAAUACCAGCUUCACCUUUAUCCUAGACGACUGGUUAGAGACAAGAUUUGAUUUUUCUUUCACCUCUAUUGACCAAGAAAAAUCCAGGAUGAAAUUAACCAUCAGCUCAAAUAAAAAUAACAUGUUUUAUAAACAUAUCAUCUUACCAAUUGCUCAUUUAUACUAUACCAAUUGGUUAACACAAUGUUUAUUACGUUUUCAAUUAGCAUAUUCUUAAUGAAUAAUUUAAACGCAAAUUUAUAUACAAAAAGAGUAAAAAAAGAAAAACGAAGAGAAAAACAAAAAUAAAAAAGAAUUUGAAUGAAUCCCAUAGUGUAGUAAAAAAUAUUGAUUUUUGUCGGAUUCAAUUAUGGGAUAAUGUUUAGAAUGAUAAUCGACUAAGUGCCUAUAUAUUAUCAUUGUACUGUAUAAUAUUUCGAAUUGUUUGUUCUUUUUGAUAUUCAAAUACUGAAUAAAUUGUGUGUGUGUGUUUUUUAUUAAAAAAAACCCACUUUGGACCAUGACCAUUGUUCUACAUUUUUUUGAAUUUGGUUUCUAUAGUAACAUUACAG